AGGGUCAACUUUACAGUUUUAUAGUUAGCUACAUAGAGCACAGUUCUUGAAAAACUUUUAUUUUUUUUCCCCGAUUCAUGUGUAAUUUGUUGUUUGUGUGUCUAUUCCAAGAGAAUUAAGUAUUUGUUUUGAAAGUAACUGUCGAAAUUUAACGUAUUUUAGGUUAGGCACAAAUCGCGUAAUCCGUCCUUCCCCAACUAAAACGAAAAAUAGCAGAUCAAAAGUACUUGAACUCUUGCAUCUCUCACAGCUACCACCAACGCCACCAGCUCCAUCAUCAUCAUUAUUAACACUAAUCUCUGCAGCAGUAUGAGCAGCACGAAGCGGUUGAGCUUGAGUCAGGUGGCGCUGCAAAGCAGCUGUGCUCAGAAUGCCCUAAACUCGAUGCGCAGGUUUUGCCAGAGUUCACAAAGUGUGGCAACCGUGCGACAACGGAGGCAGAUCGACUGCCCCAAAGGAACAGCGCCCAUUGACAAAAGCCGCUUGCCAACGCAUAAGCCAACAUACGGUGGUCAGUUGAGUAAGGUCAUUGGCGUAAAGAAGACUUUGAUCAAUCAGAUGCAGGGUAUGGUACAAAAGUUGAAGCCACGCCUGCUGUCGAAGGGUGCUCUCAUGUCACAGAAGGGCAACAACUCAAGGUACCAAAUCUAUGGCCAGACGCGGCUCUUCUCCUCGAUGAGCAGCCUGGCCAGCAACAGCAAUAUGCUUCAGCCCAUAUCGAAGCAGCUGAGGCAGUUGCAGCGUCGUCGUAUGGCGGCCGUAACGAUUAAAUCUGUGACGCAGCAGCGCUAUAAUCAGAUAGGGAGCAUGCAGGAGAGACGCAAUGGUCAGCUGGCCAAGGAUAUCAGCCGUUCCAUACAAUCUGAGCUGAUGGAAGUUGACAUUAAUACGAAGCGGCUCAUCAGCUGUGCCCGCGUCAAGCCCGGGUUUCUAACUAACUGCGAUCAGAGGGUAGAACAGAACGAGAAGUUGCAGAAGCAGCAGCAACUGCAGCAACAGCAUAUGCAGCUGAAGCUUCAUCAUCAGCAAGCCUAUCAACAGAAUCAUCCGCUACGCUUCAAUCCGCUCGAGGGCUGGAACCAUCCACGCACCAUGAAGCCGGCUAAACGUACAGUAGAUGAUGACUACAUAUCGACUCAACGCACUCAAAGUGAAAAGGAACAGGAAGUGGAGCCGGAGCAGCUACAGGAGGAAAGCAUUCUGAGAAGUCGUCGGCUGAAAUCUAAGUUGGGCGAACUUUACGCUAGCUCUAACAAGAUGCGCUCCAACAAGUACCGCAAGCUUCAAUACCACAAUUCACUGCCUUCGGAGUCAGCGCUGUCAACAAUGGAUCACAAUGCUAUCCAUGACAUCGCGAAUAAAAACGAACGGGAACAGGAAUGCCAGGAGCCGUCCGCUUUUAUCAAAAGGAUGGAUGAUGAACAUUAUCAGACGAAGAUGGCAGGUAAUUUGAUGAGUGCCUCGCAGCGCGUCUUUAACAAGCGUUUCGAAGGUUAUCCUGACAGCGAAGCACGCGGCAAAACCAACCGCCUGCUGAUUGACAAGAAUGCCGUGAAGCCUCUGCCGCCAAAGGGGCAGGUUGUUACAACAAGUGCCUCAGAGCCGUCGCUCCCCUCCAACAGCCAGAGUGUGCCCGAGACCCGGCCGCUGACGGCCAGGUCAUUUGGCAUGCCGGUGGGAGCGUCAGUGUCGAGUACAACACGAGUGAAGCGUGCUGUACCCAAGGUAAGAUCGCACAAGAAACUCUUCAAGAAGCUGGGCCAAACUCCGGUCAAGAGUAGCAAAGCGGACGUGCCCCAGAGAUCGAGUACAGUGAGAUUUAAUAACAAUAGUAACCCAAACUUGAGCAGGCCAACUCAUGCCAACUAUGAGCAGCACUUGCGGCAGGUAUGCGAGAUGCCGCGAGGUCCCUUGCGAAUGGGUGAGAUGCGUGAACCCCAGAAAUCCGAUGAAAACUAUACGAGCUGCUUGCAGAAUGAUGUUCGAAUGCCAAGCGAAUAUACCAAGGAGUCGGCUGUUCGUCGCUUGGGCAUUGCCGUCGAUAGGCGCGAUGCUUAUGGCAGCCACACCUUCUCACAGCAGCGCAUGCACGUAUAAAUCGUCAUAAUCAAAAACGGAUCAAAAUGAAAAUGAGAACGAAAUUGAAAAUGAUAAUGAAAAUGAAAACGGGAGGGGAGCGGGAGGAGCUUUUCUUAAUUACUUGAAAUUUAAUCGAAAAAUCUAAAGGCCAAUGGCAGAAUGGGCAUUCAGCUACAGCAGCCUGGUGUUUGAAAAAUCCGCUCCCAAUUCGACAAAUUGCCAAAAUUUCUUGCAAAUUAAUUAUAGACAACAUACAACGAAGACUAAUGUCCCCAAAAUUGUCUCUAGGUUUUAUAACGUAUCAAAUUUCUUUAUGUUUAGGCGAAAAAUGAAAUAGUGCAAAAUUUGAAUUACUGUCAAAUUAGAUUGUUUAUAUGAUACCAUAAAUGCAUAAUUGUAAUGAAAAUCUUCUCUGUUGCCAGAUAAAAAUGAAGAUACUGCUUGCUUUGGUAAAGACAGUUUUUGUACACUGUUGCCGGGUUUAAAUGCACCUCAUACGUUCACCUGUUGCCAAAUGUAUAUGUACCGUAUGUACUCUUUUGGCCGAAUUUCAAUCGUGGACAAUAAAGACGAAAUCAUUUUGAAUAGUACA